UUUUCCAAGCCCUCUCUUUUUGCCUUUUUCUUCUCUAUAUCAUUUCCCAAUCCGCGACACCGGAAUCUUUUAUUUUGUGUUUGGGGAAGCAGAUUACAACAUAGAAUUUCAGCAUCGAAAUCACAAACCUGCCAGAGAUGUCCGGCGAGCAACAACAGAGCAUGCGCGUGGUGGCUUUCCGCGGCCCUUACAAGGUCGCGGUGGAGGAACGGCCGGUACCCCGGAUACAGGACGCGGGGGAUGUGGUGGUUAAAGUGAAGUAUACGGCGCUUUGUGGGAGUGAUCUUCAUGUGUACCGGGGAAUUGAGCCGAGUGGGGAAGGGGUUGUGAUGGGACAUGAGGUUACCGGAGUGGUUGUUGAGGUUGGGGAUGAGGUUCGCUCGGUCAAGAAGGGAGAUUCGGUUGUGAGCGCUUUUACCACGUCUUGCGGCAAAUGCUGGUACUGCACUCAGGGACACUCUUCGCGAUGUGAGCAGAAUGUCCUGCUGGGAUGCGAUAACCUCGACGGCGCUCAGGCUGAAUAUAUCAGAAUUCCCAAUGCGGAUGGCACAGUGGUCAAGGCCCCCGAAGGUGUUGACGACAAGCUUCUGGUGCUUAUGGCCGAUAUUUUCCCUACGGGUUACUUUGCGGCGCGCAAUGCGUUCAAGGCAUCCACCCCAGAGCAAAUUGCAGAGCAGACGGUCGUCCUCAUCGGCUGCGGGCCAGUCGGACUUUGUGCUCUGAUCAAUGCGCUCGAGUACAAGCCUAAGCAUCUACUGGCGGUGGACUCGAUUCCCGCGCGACUUGAAUUAGCAAAGUCGCUCGGAGCCGAGCCCUGGAAUUUCCAGACCGACCGGGACGGUCUGGACAAGCGCGUCCAAGAGUUGACGGAUGGGCGCGGCGCAGACGCGGUCAUCGAGGUCGUGGGCUUGAGUCCGGCAUUGAGGACCGGAUUCGAUCUGCUGCGGCCGUUUGGUACCAUCAGCAGCGUUGGCGUGCACAAUGGCGAGAUUCCAUGGACUGGUAGUGAGGCUUACGGCAAGAACCUGACGGUCCACAUGGGACGAUGCCCUGUGCGUUCGGUUUCCGAGCAAGCCCUGCAAGUUUUGAAGAAGAACCAGCAUCUUCUUGGGUUUAUGGCGGACAAGAUCAUGCCCCUUUCACAGGCCGUUGAGGCCUAUGAGCUCUUCAAUGCGAUGAAGGUACAGAAGGUCAUCUUUGAGGUCGAAAAGUAGGCUAUCUGCAUCGCAUUCAAUGCACGGAAGAUCUGCUGUCAAGAGCUCUCAGACAAUCCCUUAGAAAGCCGAAGCGAUUGACUGUGCGCGAGGGGGAGAUGUAGUCGUAGUAAUCACAGUCCCGAGAGUAGUACAAGUGAAAACGAAAACAAGCAGUGGCACCACCACCACCACCACCAUCGCCACCAUCGAGUCGUCUGAGAGACAUUUGCAACUCAGCAAUUAGGACGUGAGGAGAAACAAAAAGACACCUGAAAGUGAGGGA